CCGUUUAAUAUUUAUAGCAGGAUAUUUACAUUACUUUGUAUGAGAGUCAUGUGAUUUAUUACUCUGACUUGUUGGACGAGAAUAUAAAGAGCACCAUUGUUAAUGACCACGGUAAACAGUACGCCUUGCGGUCAACUUUACCGACAAUGGAUUAUGUUGGCAUACUUAUAAUAAUUGUCACGUUAUUUGCUGGAGGUAAAUGUGGGAUUAAUAACGGACUACAUCCACGUGUGUCGGCCGGAAACCUGCUGCAAACUGAAAAAAUUUCCACAUUUCUACGAACAUGUCGGGCCACGGAGCGGGACGUGGGUCCGUGCCCAUGUGUGUCGGGUUUAGCCGUGUGUCGAGUGACCAAGUGCUGCCGGACGAGAUUUGAUAUAUUGCAAGUGCCAGAGAGGAUCACCUUUCCGCCAAUCAGGUUUGAUCCCCGACCCGAUCCCGACCCCUUUGAACGAAUACGCGAGAUUGGACGGCAGCUUCCUGGCGUCGGACGCUAA